GCAUCAAAACCCAAGAAGAAAAAAAAAGAAUAGAAAACAUACACAAAACACACACAUAUAAACACACAUAAGCACAAAUCUUUACAAAAAAGUUUUUAUUUUUUGUAAAAAAAAAGAGUAAGAAUCUUGGAAUAAAAUUGAUGGAUUACUCAGAGCAAGAAGACUUAUUUGGUGAUUUAGAAAUAGAAAACGAAAACGAAGAAACAACACAAACCAGCCAACAAUCUUCAUCAUCAUCUUCAUCAGCAGCAUCAUCUUCUUCAUCUGGGUCAUCUGGGUCUUCUUCUAAUCGGAGUAGUAGUGGUGGUGGUAGUGCUAGUGGCAGCUCCGGCGCCGGUUGUGAUGAGGUGGAUGAUGAUGAUGAUGGUGAAGUAAGGUCAAGUUAUUAUAACAACAAUAAUAAUAAUAAUAAUGUUAAUCAAGAAGUUGGUGGUUAUGGAGAUGAUUAUAAUUAUAAUGUUGUUGAAGAAGAUAAAGAUUUAUUUGGGUCUGAUAAUGAAGAGUAUGUUAAUACUCAAGUUUUUAGCCCUUUUCCUGUUCCUGUUUUACCACUACCGCCGCCACGUAGUUCAAACAAUAGCCCGAGCAGAGGAGGAUUCGGGCGUGGACGUUAUCAUAAUGAUAGAGGAGGAGCCGGUAUCCUUCCUCGGCCUGGUCCAGUUCCAAGGGGAAAUUUUAAUUAUGGUUCUAAAUUCUAUGCUCCUCGUAAUGAUGAACGUUUUGUUUCUGAUCUCAAGUUGUCAAAGGGUGAAGAAACAUUAUCAAGGAAGUGCAUAGCAUUUCAAGAGCCUUCUGAGCUUGCUUGCUAUAGUCGUGUGGAAGGUGGAGAAGUAUAUUUUGAUGAUAGUAGUUUGCGGCUUUUCAAGCGACUUAUUACAGAGGACAUUGGGGCUGAUUUGAGCCAAGGUUUUGAUACCUUUAUUGAGAAGAAAGAUUUAGGCGCCCAGGGUUUUGGUGAUCUCCUCUCUUGCAUACGGAACAAAAGAAUUCCCUUAGAGAAUAUGCACUUCGUGACCUACAGAAACAAUCUCAAUAAGAUAAUGGCCACUGCUUAUUUGAGGCACGAGCCUUGGGAAAUGGGGGUGCAUAAAAGGAAAGGUGUUGUGUAUCUUGAUGUACAUAAAUUGCCAGAAAGGCCUAGAGGCGAUCGGGAUCGGCUGAUGUCUUAUUGGGGAUAUUGUUUCGAGACGCUAGCUACUGAAGAUCCAAGAAGAGAUGAUGGAGAAGGGAUACAUGAUGUUGAUGCAAAUGUUGAAUAUUGUGCUGUAAUUAAAACCAAGUUAGGUGCACAUCGUAUUUUAAUGGGGGCUGAAAUGGACUGCUGUGAUUCCACUGAUGAUGGAAAGAGAUUUUAUGUGGAGUUAAAAACAAGUCGUGAGCUGGAUUACCGCACAGAGGAAAGAUUUGAGAAGGAGAAAUUACUUAAGUUUUGGAUUCAGUCUUUUCUUGCUGGCGUCCCAUACAUUGUCAUCGGAUAUAGGGAUGACAAGGGGCGCCUCGUGCGUACAGAGAGAUUAAGAACCAAAGAUAUAACUCACAGGGUCAAAAUGAAAAAUUAUUGGCAGGGUGGAGUUUGCUUAGCGUUUGCUGAUGAAGUUUUGUGUUGGCUUUACGGAACUGUUGAAAAUGACAAAGACUACAUACUGCAAUUUGCCCCACCGUUUACUCGUUUGGAGCUUCUACAUGCACAAUCUUGCCCGCAAGAAAUAACUGAUCAUGUUCAGCAACUGUGAAUUUAACAAUCUUUGCCCAUUUGGCCUUUUUUAUGACCAAAUGUUGAGCUUAGUGCAACUUGCAGUGCAAACGAGUUGCAAGUUACUUUGCAUUGGUUUUGACAAUGAAGACUGAUUUAUCUAAUUAAGGCCGUUGUGGGAACCAUAUGCGACUCUUUUGUUGUAUAUCUUUUGGGGAUAUAAAAAACUAGAGAUCGAAAAAUGCUCCGAAGCCAAAACUGGCUCGUUUGAGUUCUGGGCAAAUCGAUUUUUGGGAGGAUAGAUACGUAUAGGUCAACGACUAAAGGAAAUAGAAGUUUGAAAUGUCUGGUGACAUUUUAGGUACCUGUAAACGAUCUGACUUUGUUUCCUCGAGUUUCUGCUAGUAUUUGAGUUGUCACAUUUGGUUCA